UGGGACUUGUUCUGGAUUGAAGCUUGUGGAUAAUGGAAACAUUCUCCUGGCAAUGUCUCUGGGGCGACUCCUUCGAAGAGCCUCCUCAAAAGCCUCUGACCUCCUGACUCUCAACCCCAGUGGCAGUAGUGGUCCUCCUUCAAUACUGGAUGGAGAGAUCAUCUACUCUAAGAACAAUGUCUGUGUCCACCCCCUGCAAGUUCUGCAGGGCCUUGGGGAGCAUCACCCAGGUUAUUUGUGCUUGUACAUGGAAAAGGAUGAACUUCUGGGGACCACACUUAUCCUUGCUUGGGUCCCAAACUCCAGGAUCCAGAGGCAAGAUGAAGAGGCCCUGCGCUAUAUCACCCCUGAAAGCUCCCCUGUGCGCAAGAUCCCCAGCAAACGAGGCCGUCAUGCUCAGGGCUCUGGAGAGCCUCAUCAGUCCUCUUCUGGGGAAUCAAGAAACCCUCUGACACCUAAGGAUGAGGACAUUUUGGUAGUGGCCCAGAGUUUCCAAGAUACUCUCCACAUAAGUUCCUCAUUAGAAGAUGGGGAAAAGCUGUCUCAUGGCUUGGGGACAGACAGUCCUAUCCAAGCUACCCAGCCUGCCCAUAGUGACUCAGGAAUCUUAUCUACUAUCAGUUCUCAGGAUGAGCCAAAUAGAUCUGAAUUGUCAGUGGAUGGGACAGAGGAGGGGCCAGAGUUGAGGCCAGAGCCUGGAGAAGCAGAAGGCUCCUUAGAGCUCUCUGCUGAUGAUGUGAGCAGGGAUAGUACUUUUGAUUCUGAUUCGGAUGCCUUUUCUUCACCCUUCUGCCUCUCACCAAUAAGUGAAGCCCUUGCAGAGAGCAGCAAUUCUGUUUUUUUGGAUGAUGAAAACAGAGAGACAUGUGACAAUCACAUGACUUGUUCCACCAGCUCCACCUCCAGCCUUGACACCAGCCUUCAGUUCCCUGAGAACAGUGGCCAACUGCAGAACUCAAAAUGGGAUGAGCAGCAAAAGGUGUUUGCCCUUGAACAGAUCUGCGGGGUAUUUAGGGUUGACUUGGGACAAAUGAGGUCUCUCCGACUUUUCUAUAGCGAUGAGGCCUGUACCAGUGGGCAGCUGGUUGUUGCUAGCCGAGAAAGUCAGUACAAGAUCUUCCAUUUUCACCAUGGUGGUCUGGAUAAACUGUCAGAAGUUUUUCAGCAGUGGAAACACUGUACAGAAACUCACCUCAAAGACCAGCAGGUCUCCAAUGAAAAGACUUGUAUGCAGUUCUCCAUCCGACGUCCCAAACUCCCUUCUUCAGAGACCCACCCAGAAGAGAAUAUGUACAAAAAGCUGGAUGUUUCCACCUGGCUUAACCACUUGAAUGAGUCUGGGCAGGUGGAAGAGGAAUAUAAGCUACGUAAGGCCAUUUUCUUCGGCGGCAUUGAUGUGUCAAUCCGGGGUGAGGUCUGGCCCUUCCUGCUGCGCUAUUACAGCCAUGAGUCCACAUCGGAGGAGCGAGAGGCACUGAGGGCACAGAAGAGAAGGGAAUACUCAGAGAUCCAGCAGAAAAGGCUUUCAAUGACUCCAGAAGAGCAGAGAGAAUUCUGGCGCCAUGUGCAGUUCACUGUUGACAAAGAUGUGGUUCGGACAGACCGGAGCAAUCAGUUCUUCCGAGGAGAGGACAACCCAAAUGUGGAAAGCAUGAGGAGAAUUUUGCUGAAUUAUGCGGUAUAUAACCCAACCAUUGGCUACUCCCAGGGGAUGUCAGACCUGGUGGCUCCCAUCCUGGCUGAGGUUCUAGAUGAAUCAGAUACCUUCUGGUGUUUCGUAGGUUUGAUGCAGAACACAAUCUUUGUCAGUUCUCCCCGAGAUGAGGAUAUGGAGAAACAGCUGCUAUAUCUUCGUGAGCUGCUUCGGCUGACCCACCUACGUUUUUACCAACACCUUGUUUCUCUGGGGGAAGAUGGCCUACAGAUGCUUUUCUGCCACCGCUGGAUCCUUCUGUGUUUUAAACGCGAGUUCCCAGAUGCAGAGGCACUACGCAUGUGGGAAGCAUGCUGGGCCCAUUACCAGACAGACUACUUCCACCUCUUCAUCUGUGUUGCCAUUGUGGUGAUCUACGGUGAUGAUGUCAUUGAACAACAGCUAGCCACUGACCAGAUGCUUCUACACUUUGGAAAUCUGGCCAUGCACAUGAAUGGGGAACUUGUACUCAGGAAGGCGAGAAGUUUGCUGUAUCAGUUUCGCCUCUUGCCCCGGAUCCCAUGUAGUCUACAUGACCUCUGUAAACUCUGUGGGACAGGCAUGUGGGAUAGUGGUUAUAUUCCUGCUGUGGAGUGUACUGGGCACCAUCCUGAAUCUGAGAGUUGUCCUUAUGGUGGGACAGUGGAGGCACCUUCUCCAAAAUCUGUUGGUGAAGGCAAGAAGGGCCCAAAGACAAGAGAAGUCUUCAAUUUUCACAAAUAGGGCCAGUUCAUAGACUGGAGAGGGAUUGAAGGGAAUGUUUCCAUAGGAACUGUCUCAUUCAAGGGUAUCAGAAUUGAAUAGGGGUUUGGGGUAGAAGAAAAGAGGAGGUAGUGUCUACCAAAAAUAUCAUUGAAAAAAUGAAGAACAAACUUUUCUGUUUUAAUGGCAGCAUCAGAAACCAGGAGAAAGAAUGAAGAUGUGACCACCAACCCAAAGAAAAUUCAGUUCUAUGAUAGAAUGACAGACUAGGAUCUUACUACUAGAAUAGAAAAUUCCUGGGUCUUUCUUGUUGCCUGUUUGAACUAAGGAGUAAUUUUCCAGGAUAAUCUCCAUCUCUAUCACUGACUCCAUCACUGAUUAGCAACUAAACUUCAAACAUAGGAAGACAGAUAUAUAUGUAAGGAAGGCCAAGCAAGCUCAGCUUUCUGUGUUGGGAAGCAUAUGGGCUUCCUCAGGUGAAAUCACACACAUACCACACUUUUACAUAUAGUCAUCAUGCACAAUUCUCCCUCUUUAACCCAAAACCUACUGCCUAAGUGACUUCCAGCUUGAGCCAUAAAGUUGUCACUAAAAAUAAGCCAAUUGAUUUAGGGAUGCUGGGACAGGGUGGUAGGAUAGGAUUUGGAGAGUUUGUGGCUUUUCACGAGGAUACUACGUUCUUUUUAUACUCCCUCACAUGUGAAAGAAACUCCCUGCUCUUGAGCCUAAGCAAUAGGCUUCUGGAGAAAGGUGUGAUUCAUCUCCCUUGGCUUCUUUCUGGGAGCUAACAGGUUUUCUACAUAAGAGUUUCCUGCCAGGUUCAUUGCCUAGCCCCACCAAGUACAGUAGCCAAAGGGUGUUUGAAUGGGUAAGAGUAUCUGUGACUGUGUGUGUGUUUAUAUAGAUGAGCCGUCAAAAAAAGAUGGAUUCAUUUAAGGAAAGUGACAGCCUUCCCCAAAGUAUCUGGAGAUAGCUACUGCUAUUUGAUCCUGGCUCCCAAAGAGCCAAAUAUUGUCACACUUAAGGAACCAGUAUUUAGGGCUGCCCCCACUUCCUAUGUGGGAGUUAAGUCCUCUCAGUUCAUUUCCAUAUGAAAAGAUUAUGCUAGCUGUCCUUGCUAGAAUUUAGAGAUAGAAUGGCCUAUGAGAAUCCUUUCAGUCAUCCUGAAAAGGAAUAGUGCCAAGUACUUUCUACCGAAAACCUCUGCUUGAAAGAUGGACAAACAGAACUCUUUCCUUUGAUACUUUUGGCCUCUGAAUUCUUCCUUUUUCCAAGCAUUUCAGGUACUCCAGCCCCUGAAUAAGGACUUUUUUCUACUCCCAGUUAUAUGAAUUGAAAGGUUUAGCUGAAUUGUACCAUUUACAAAGUUAUUUAUCAGCAAUAAAGAUUAAGUUACCAGCCUCUCCCUUUUCAUCAUUAUCUGUAUUCCUUAUAUCCAAAGUCCACUGGAAUGGGGGACCUCCUUAAGAUGGAAAGCUAAAAUUAA